CAACUUAAGUCACAAAUUACUUAACCUCAAUAUUCGCAAACAUGAAGAUGGCCGAUGGUGCUACUAUUUUGAGAAGAAAUCGGCCGGGAACUAAAGCGAAGGACUUCAGCCGCUGGCCGGAGGAGCCGUUCGAGGAGAUGGACAGCACGCUGGCCGUGCAGCAGUACAUCCAGCAGCAGAUCCGGCGCGAGCCCGCCAACAUCGAGCUGAUCCUGACUCCGCCCGACGCCCAGGACGAGGGCGUCUGGAAGUACGAGCACUUGCGGCAGUUCUGCAUGGAGCUGAACGGGCUGGCGGUGCGGCUGCAAGGGGAGUGCCACCCGGAGACUUGCACCCAGAUGACGGCCACCGAGCAGUGGAUCUUCCUGUGCGCUGCCCACAAGACCCCGAAGGAGUGCCCCGCCAUCGACUACACACGCCACACCCUGGACGGAGCUGCCUGCCUGCUCAACAGCAACAAGUACUUCCCCAGCAGUGUGUCCUCACCUAGUGGUUUGCUUGAAUGCAGAGUGAGCAUCAAGGAAUCAUCGGUGGCCAAGCUGGGGUCAGUGUGCCGGCGAGUGUACAGAAUCUUCUCGCAUGCGUACUAUCACCACAGAGCAAUAUUUGACGAGUUCGAGAAUGAAACUUAUCUGUGUCGGCGGUUCACUUCGUUUGUCACCAAGUACAACUUGAUGUCCAAGGACAAUCUCAUCGUGCCAAUCCUGGAAGACGAAGGCUCCGGCGAGACAGAUGCUUAGAUUUCUGUAGCAAGUCUUGUUGUCUGGAGUCUCAUUGUGUGGAACACUGUCUUCGCUGGAAGUCACUAUUCCUUCAGAAGUUAAGGUUGACAAGGGCGCUGAAGAAUCGUUAGCUACGAGUUCAUGAGGUUUGCAUUCUGCUAAUGGAUGUUUAUCAUACCUUGUAAUCAUUCAAAUGUGUGGUUAUGAUACUUUUUAAAAAAGAACAUUUAUGUUGUCACUUGUGGAGGAAAUACUAUUUCAUAAACUGUAUUUAUUAAAUUUUAUAAAUAAUAAAAAUUAAUUUUGAGCACUUAUACAUUUUGUUGAAAGUAAUAAAGCUAUUUAAUGCAUUAAUUUGCAUAUAAUAUAUACUUUUGCAGAGUUUGCAAAUAUAGUUAAAAAUUAUUCAAGUUAUUGGGUUCUUGGGAUUUUUAUUUCCGUGCGAUUUGUUUAUUUUUGUGUGAUUCUUUGUUGUCCACAUAGGUAAAAUCUGGUCUAAUCCAGAUGCUUAACUAUUAUGUUUCUUCAACUCAUAAAAUGUUUUGCAAUUAUUUCUGGACAUGUUCAGUGUUAAGGUUAUAACUCAUUAGGCUUGCAUGUCUUCCAACCUAAGGCAGCGAGAAUCCUCAUAAAAUAUCAGAUACGUAUUUGUAAAUAUUUUUUUAAUUUUAACACUUUCCUUUUUAUGAUAGUGUUACAUAUACAAAUAUCAUCCCAAUGUGCAUAUUUUAAAACUUUUUAUAGACCCAAGAACAUGUAUAAAAAGUAAUGCAUUAAAUUUUAAAUUAUAACCUAAUAUUGUUGUCUAUGAUUGUAUGACAACAUAUUGUAGAAUUAUUAUUUAUUUGAAAACAUUAAUUUAGAUAUGCUCUAACCAUGUUAAAAGGCAACAUUGUAGGAUAGACCAAAGGUUCUGAGGCCAAAAUGUUGUCCAAUUAAACAAAUAUUUUUGUGUCAGGAGAUCUUUAACUUGUUUGGCAGGAAUGAGCAACACUGGGCCAAUGGCGACAUUGAAAUUGAUAUAGUUGUGGUUGGGCCCUUUAAGUAUGUAGCAUUUGUGUAGAUUCCAUGCCAGUGCUUAGUUUCGAACAGUCGACAAUGUUUAGUUUAUUUUAUGAAUGUAUUCUCACUACAGUCAUAUGUUGUGAAAUGUUCUGUAAUGAUGCCCUACUAAGGCACCCAUUGUAAGGUAGUGUUCAGUUUACGAGCUAUGCAGGUGAACUUGUGUGUGAGGCUAUUACCAAUGAUGGUAAUAAUCAUAAUGGUUCUUAAUAUAAUAAUUGUUCACUGAUAUAUUCCUAUAGAAAAUCCUGUUUUGCUGUUGUAGGUACAGAUGUUUAUAUUGAGACAUACAUAAAUAGAUGAACUAUUUUUGGUAACUUUUGCUAUUUCUUAUUUACAUUUGUCAUAGUGAUGUAACCUUCAUAUUUAUUUGUUAAUUAAUAAAUUAUUUGUUUUGUAUGUAUUUUAUGUAUCAUAAAAUAUUCUUGCUUAAUUUUGAUGUGAUAGAGUAUUCUAGUGAUGUUAUUGGAUAUCAAGUUUCUUACUAUUUUGCUGGUAAAUCUUACACUUGCAGUUUGCAAAUAGGCCACUGGUUUUAGUUGUAACAUAACCAUGCCAAAGAUAGAUUUGUAUUGGUACAUAAAGUUAAGAGGAAAAAUGGGAAUGGUAGAUGGCAUGUGGAGAAAAUAUUAUGUUCAACUCAGAGCACAUGCACAAGAAAUUUCUUAAACUUUUAUUUUUUUCUUAAACUUUGAAAGGUCAGUCUGACCACUUGUGGAGUUUGUGAUACAAACAUUAGAAUGUUUUAAUAGAUUAUAAAUCCAGACUCACAGUAUUUAAUGUGCAGGUUCUGUACAGUUUCGUAAUUGAAAUGUAGUCAGCUGCCGAAUUGCAGUGCUGUUACAGUUCAUAAGAACUUGGUUAUGCCAAAUGUGUGUGUAUCUGAAUUUAAAUUGGAACUAAGUUAAUUUGAGAAUAACUGUGCUUUCCAAAAUAUAUCACUGUCUUUUUGAUAUAAAUUUAUUUUUACUGCAAUAUUAGUGAAACAAUGAAAUAUGUGUUUGAAAUCUGUAAUCGUACUCCGUUCCUCCACUAUCACUGUCUUUUUUUUAAUAUAAAAAUAACAUUUUUUAACUGUGCAAAAAGGUUGUUUGUACUAAUGUUCCAACCUUAUACUUAUUUUAAUAAGACAUUUGAGAUGAAAAAAUUAAGUUGAGUUGAAUGUGAUUGCUUAUUUAUAAAUAUGUGUGUGUAUAACAAAUAUUGUUUAGUUGCCAUUACUCUUUUGUGUUAAAAUUUAUGCUAAAUCGGUCGUGCUAGUGACUAUUUAAUUGCAGGUGAUGAUAUCUGGCCAAAAAAGGAAUCUGACUCAUAGGUUUUUAUAAAUAAAUACUUUGAAAAUGAGA